UUGUCGCGAACGGUUAACAGAAGUCGGAAGUUCUCCCCGAGGAGCAUGAUUAGAGUGUGCCCCCGUGACGGUGAAAAAUAUUAGUGAUUUUCAAUGGGCUAGUGAAUACGAGUUUAAAGUGGCCAUUCAAGAGUGGUUCGCGGAUCACGGAUAAAUAAAUACUAAAAAUAAACUAUUCGUAGUGGAAUAGCCUAAUAAUAUUCUUAGGCAUAAGAAGAACUCAAAAUAAAUUCAGUGAAUUCUGAAAUAACUGUAAGGAUGAAAGAAGUUUAUUGCAUGUGUUAAGUUGCAAAUCCUGAUAAUAAAUCGACUGAGUGAUGCAUAAGAUGUUAUCUAAUAAUUUAUUGUUCCAAGCGAUUCAAUGAUAAAUUUGAAAACCAUGUAGUAUACAAAAGCAUGACUUCUAAAUGUGGUGAAACUGUGACGAGAAAGUGUGAAGAAGUUCAUUUCCAGUGCAAAGUGAUACCAUUCAUGCAUUAACUGAAAACAGAAAAUUGAAUAACCCAUAUCGAAUUUGCAUAAAUUUCCAAAUUGACGUGAACAAACCAGUAGUGCUGUGUUAAAAGUGUUUCGAAGCUGUCCGCGUAUGUUUGCAAGCCAUUAAGAUAGGAAAAAAUGUCGAAUUCCAUAAUGUGCCACCAGCCGAAAACCCUUCUGAGGGUUACAUUAUGUGUGGUGACAGUUUUGCAACUAACGGCUACCCAAGCUGAACCGCAGCAUCGUUUGCCAGCACGUGGUUCCCAAAGUGAGCCCGCUAUCAAACCUGACGUACGACCUAACAGUUAUACGGAUUUACAAGAGGAAGAAGACACUGAUUAUACUGAGAAGCAAAGUAACAACCACGAUCAAACGAGGAGUGAAAGGUUCGGGCCACCCUACGAUGGUGAUGGGGAUGGAGAAGUGGACGAAGAUGAGGAAAAUUAUCCUCAGGGUAGGAAUAGCGAUGACCGUCAGGAUCGGCAAAGCAGGCCGUUUUCGUACGACGACCGGAACCGAUACAACAACAACAACAACAACAACAACGAUGACAAUCGAAAUUACGAUCGGGAUCGCGACCGGUAUCCUUAUGAUCGGGACCGUAAUCGGUACACGUCGGACGUGGACAACCCGAAUCUCUAUCAAAACCGGGCUCCAUACAAUCCGAACGCACCAGACGAUCGGUACAACCGGGAUCGCUACCCAGAUGGCCGCUACGAUCCCGAUCGUCGUCCGUACUUAAAUGAUGUCGACAAUCCAAAUCUCUAUCAGGACCGAACACCGUACAAUCGGCAGAAUCCGUACGAUCCCCAACGAAGACCUUACGGUCCCGAGAAUAAUCCCAACUUCGAUCGUCCCCGGGAUCCCUACAACCAAGGUCCGUUUCGAAGCGCCGAGGAGGAGCGUCGUUUUCGACAGGAAACGGAAAAGCUGCGUUCUUUCCUGGUUGACAUCGAUCGGAAGAGUUCGCUGGAAUGCUCGCUCAACGUGGCAGCCCAGUGGAACUUUGAGACCAACGUGAACGAGGCGACUCAGGUCGAAGCGAUCGCAUCUCAGCAGCGUUACAACGAUUUCCAGCGUCUGCUGUGGGAUCAGAUGCGUCACAUCGAUCAAACUAAAAUUUUCGAUGAUAAACUCUAUCGACAAGUUCGCCUUAUGUCCAUCAUCGGUCCCAGUGCCUUACCUCCUGAUCAACUCGAUAGGUAUAAUCGGAUCGUUAACGACAUGCUGACUAUCUUCAACGGAGCUCAGAUAUGUGCAUUCGAGCGUCCGUUCGAGUGUGGCUUGCGACUUCAACCGCAUUUGAAAGACAUUAUGGCUAAGAGUAGAGAUUGGAACGAACUGCAGUAUACCUGGUUGGAAUGGCGACGAAGAUCCGGAAGAAACAUGCGCGAACUUUUCGAGCAGUUGGUUGAUCUUACGAACGAUGCGGCUCGGGUUAACAACUUUACUAAUGGUGCUGCGUACUGGCAGUUUCCGUACGAAUCUCGUGACUUUCGGGAAGAAAUGGAACAAGUUUGGAGAGAAAUCCUACCUCUCUACGAAAUGAUUCAUGCGUACGUUCGUCGGAAGCUGCGCGAGUUCUAUGGACCAGACAAAAUCCAGCGGGACGUCCCGCUUCCGGAUCACAUUCUCGGCGAUAUGUACGGACAAAGUUGGAACAACAUUUUGGAUUUGCUAAUUCCGUACCCGGGUAGAAGUUUCCUGGAAGUUACGCCGGAAAUGCUGAAACAAGGCUACAAUCCCUUGGUUAUGUUUCAAAUCGCGGAAGAGUUUUUCGUGUCGAUGAAUAUGAGUGCCCUACCGCCGGACUUUUGGCUCACAUCGGUGCUAACACAGCCCCCGGAUAGGCCCAUUUUGUGUCAACCUUCCGCGUGGGAUUUCUGCAAUGGGAAGGACUAUCGUUUGAAGAUGUGUACCACUGUGACUCACAAGGAUUUUAUAACCGUUCACCACGAGCUGGCCCAUGUGCAGUAUUUCCUGAACUACCGGAACAAUCCAAAAGUGUUCCGGGAUGGGGCAAAUCCAGGAUUUCAUGAGGCCAUUGGUGACGCCGUAACCCUGUCAGUGGCAUCCCCGAAACACUUGCAGAAACUGGGUCUGGUCCAGAAAAACGUCGAUGACACGGCACACGAUAUAAACUUCCUGUUUUCGCUGGCCCUGGAGAAGGUAGUAUUUCUGCCCUUUGCACUGGCUCUAGAAGCCUGGCGGUAUGACAUUUUCGAUAAACGGGUCCGAAAGGAGCAGUACAACUGCCACUGGUGGUUGCUUAGGGAACAGUUUGGUGGUGUAAAACCUCCACUGUUGAGAUCCGAGCUAGAUUUUGAUCCUGGUGCAAAGUAUCAUGUAGCGGCUAACAUUCCGUACAUCAAAUACUUCUUCUCCAACGUACUCCAGUUCCAGAUCCACCGCGCAAUGUGCACGGCCUCGCGUCAGUAUGAUCCACUCGACCCGAAUAAGCCACUGCACAAGUGCGACAUUUAUCGCCAACCGGCGGCGGGAAAUAUUCUCAAAAAAUUGAUGGAGCGUGGCGCAUCUGAACCGUGGCAACAGGUACUGCAAGAGGUAAUUGGCGAAGGCCGGCUGGACGGCACGGCACUACGGGAGUACUUCAGGCCCCUGGAAGAGUGGCUCCGCAAUGAGAACCUCCGUACAAACGAAUUCGUCGGCUGGAUCUACGAUGGGGACUAUUGCAAGCACAGCAUCGAAACGGCCAACCUACAAGUCUACGGAGGUUUCUACAAUGCGGGAGUGCAGUUGCAGUUGAAUGCUUCGCUGAUGAUCGUCGCAUUGUAUCUUCUCGUGCAGACGUACUUGUAUCAGCUGCGGUCGAUUUGAUGUUUGGAAUAGAGUAGCAUUUUUUAGUUUAGACAAGAAUUAGUUAAAGUUGCUAGACAUAAUCACUAAGCACGAUAUUUAGGAAGUUAAGUUGAGAAGUUUAGCUAAGAUGGAUUCCGAAGAAUAUAGACUCUUCACAUAAAAAUUUUUUUCAUUUUCCUCGAAACGUCGACCCUAGUACUUCUCUGCUGCAGUUGUUGAACUCGAAAUAGUUUCAAAUUUCAUUAUUUUACAGUGUACUUAACUUUGCUGGAUACCGAGUUCAUUGCCGUUCGUCAGGAAACGCAUACUCAAUCACGCACCCCGUUUUAUAAAUACGCAACAACUAAAU